UUUCUAAAUUCUAACCUCAUCCUUUUGGCUUCCAUUUUUCUCCCUUUCCACUUAAGAAAAUACUUAAAAAAAAAAAAAGAAAAAAAAAGCAAUAAAUGGCUAUAGGAAGAGAACAUCUUACAGGGCUUCGAAUUGUAAUACUUCAAAUUUCAGAAAAUGAUGAGUAUUUAAGCAAUAAAGUUGUGCUUAAAUCUGGUUUAAAAUCAUUAACCAGAACCCCCAUUACUUUAAUUUCAUCAAUUAACAUUGCUAAUUAUUGUAAUGUUAUUAAUGAAGAGGUUAAUUGCUUUUUAAGAUCAUGCCAUUUAUGCAAUACUCCUCUUUCCCAUCAUAAAGAUGUUUAUAUGUACAGAGGUGACCAGGGAUAUUGCAGCAUAGAAUGUAGGAGCAGGCAAAUAGUGAUGGAUGAAACAAAAGAGUUGGAAGCAAAGAUGAAGAAUAAGAGGAAUGAAGCAAAGAGUAAGAGCAUUGAUUGUGGAGGUUGUGAGACUUGUAGAUUAUUACAUGAUCUUAGACGACGUCGUAAUGAUAAGUUUAAGCCAUUAAUCUCUUCUAUUAAACAUCAACAACCUUUACUAUCUAUCUCAUAAGAUCAUUUUUAAUUAUUUUUAUUGAUUAUAUGUGAUGCAAAACUAAGGCUAAACAGAUUCUCUAGAUUGCAUAAAAGUGAAUUUGCACAAUCACUAAUCUUGAAACACAACGUGUUUUUCUUUAGACCGAUCAAUACAGUCACUGUUUGGCAUAAUCAGAACCAAGAAACUGAAUCUUGGCAGAUUGUAUGUUUGAGGGUCGGACAAAUUUGGUUUCACUCAACACGUCCCUCUUUCCCUCCUAGACAACCCAAGGUUCACUCCCUUGUCUUGUGUAGGUUCUUGGCGUCCUUGAGAUUGCUUCACUCACAACCUGUAGAACCCCAAUGAGAUGCUUCACUCACACCCCUAAAGAAAGUUGCACACACAAUACUUUCUAAAACAAGAACACUUUGUUAUGAAUGAUCUCUGAAUUUUUAUUAACAAACUUAACUAACUUUUACAAUGGAAGACUUAGGUAUAUAUAGAACAAGGAUCAUCCUAAGCCAUACACAAUAUCAUAAGGCAAGCCCAAAACACGUGGCCUAAAACAAGAAAUAAAAUGGGCCUCAACAGCCUUAACAGAUUUCAGUUUUGAACAACUGAAUCUGUUUGACAGUGGCUCUCUUACACACGUUUUCUGGCACGUGAAUUCAUUCAUUCUCCUUGCUUAUUCUUCUUCCUUGUAGUGUGCCAUGUAGUCUGAUUCAUUCUCCUCUUGGCUGAUCAGUAGAGUUCUUGCUCCCUUUGUAGUUAGUCCAUGCAUUGUUGUGUAAGAAGAGUUAUGCUGAUCUUGUUCUGUUUUCGAUAUGGGAUUAGUUUCCUCUUCUUCAUGAUAGGAGCUGGAGUCUUCACUUGGGCCUACACUUGGGCUUGCCCUUGUGUUCUUGUUUGAAACAUCUGUAUUUGUUUUAAUAUGUCAAGAGAUUUUUGGUGUAAAUUUUUUGUAGCUUGGAUUGAGAUGAAUGUAGUAAUUUAUUCAUCCUCUCUUUAUUUUUUUAAUGAAAAUUAAUUAAAAUAAGUGUAUAAUUUGUUGGAUUUUAAUACGAAACUAAUGUAUAAUUUGUUGGAUUUUAAUACGAAAUCUAAUGAUAAUUUUAAUUAAUUAAGAAGAUUUUAUGACUAUCAUUUGGGAAAAUUGGAGUUUUUAAUAAUGGUUGAGGUUGUUCGAGUAACCUCUAUUCUCUUGCCCAUUGACUUUCUUCGGUUGGAAUUCGUAUAUUAUCAUCUAUAAUAAUUUGUAUCCUAAUUCUUUCAUAAUUAGGAAAUCGAAUGUUUAUAAUUCAUGUUGUUUCAAGUAUUUAGGAAACAUUGAGUUCAAAAAUCUUAAUUUUUACCUAUUUGCUGUUAAUAAUCCAACUGUUAUAAGUUUGCCCAAAUAUACAUGGUUACUUAGAACCUUAUUAGUACAGGUUAACUUGGUUGAAAAAAGGGGGAAAAAACAUAAAAUCUAACCCCGUUUUAGUGGAAUCUAAAGUUGUAAGUUAAACGGGGCCAAAAUUAGUAUCUAAACAAAAAAACUAGGAGAUCAUGAUGCAAACUCUCAACCUUUUAUUUAAAUAUUUAUAUCAUUAUGACACUGCCCAAACACAAUGGAUCGGUCCGUGUCGUCAAUAUCAAAUUUUUCUUGAAAAUUUCUAGCAAAAGAGGCAUCUAGAAGAUUCUAGAAUGCUCUAGAGGCUUCUAGACUAUUCUAGGGUGUUCUAGAAGAUCUAGAACACUCAUGAAGGUUCUAGAAUGUGCUAGAGACAUCUAGUACAUUUAAAAAGGUAUUAGAGCGUGCUAGAAAAUACUAGCAUCCUCAAGAAGGAUCUAGAAGGUGCUAGAAGGUUCUAGCACCAUCUUGUAAAUACUAGAGUAUACUAGAGUAUUAUGGAAUAAUGUAGUGUGUUUUAGAAUGUUUUGGGCAUGUCUAAAACCUUAUAGGUCUUUCUACACAUGUACAUAAUCUAGAAGAGUAGUGUAAAGCAUUCUGGAGAACUCUAGGUUUGGAGCAUUGUAGAAUUGCCCAAAGUAAUGGGGCUUGCUUAUAAAUAGGCAAUUAGGUUCAUUUUUAUAUUCAAGUUCUGACAAGUUUUAAAAACUCUUUUAAAGCAUUUAACUCUCUUGUUAGAGUCUUUACUUAGUAUUUAUGGCUAAGCCCAUUGGCUUGCACACAUAAAGGAUCGAGAUUGAGACUGAGCUAGUGCAAUCGUUAAUUAUUGACACUAAUGCCACACAAUUUUUACUAGGCAAAUAAGGGAGCCCGUGACAAUUAUACUACGUAUUUUAAUUUGUGUUGCACAAGUUAGACAAUAUUUUGCUUUUAUAAAAUGACUCACCAUUGCUCCUCUCCCUACCCCUUAUUCCACCAUAGCCAAGCUCUACUUUCCUUGCACCACCAGUAAAUCCCUACCCACCUUCCCUCAUCCUUGCACCAACAGUGUCCCCCACCUCUCAUUCACGCUUAGUCUUGUUGUAUCCACUAGAGACCGCCGUUGUCGCCAUCUAUUUCAAAAGCUCCAUUUCCACCACUUAUUUUUAUCUCUCCUAAUAACUAAUUCAAAUGUGAAAUGGGGAUGUUGGAGAAAUAAAACAAGUCCACCUUCCAUUCUCAAAAGAAAUAAUUAACAAGAUUUUAUCCAACAACUAUUUAAAUUAUAGUCAAGGAUGGUCAUACGUGUAAUACCCUAAUGGACCCACUACAUACAUAUCCCAAUUUAAGGGAUGAGUUUAAAAAUAAUAAAUAGAUCUGAUUUGAAUCUAGGGUCUCUAGAUUUAGACCCGACCAUAUCCAAUCUUUAAGUCCAUUUUAGACUAAAACAUGCCAUAUCUGUCCUAGACCUAAUUCAUUACACAACUCAAAAUAAAUUUCAAGCUCAUUCUAAAUAAAUUUUAUAUUUAUUUUAACUCAUUUUAGACUUAUAUAAAACCUAUAAAUUCAUUUUGAACCCAAUUAAACUUUCAAAGUGCAAAAAGGUAAAACAUCCAAGCUUAUAUGAACAAAUUAAUUGAGACUCAUUUAAAACUCAUUAUGAACCUUAAACUUUAAAAAUGUAAAAAAAAUAAAGUAUAAACCAUUAAAUGAAAGUAAUGAUCGAUUUUUAUUCAAUAAAUUAGGACAAAAAACUUUUACCACAAAAAAUUGUGGCACCGCAUGGACUACACUGCCUCAAAUGAUUGAAAAGAAAUUGCGGCCCACAUGGAGUAAUUUAGAAAUAAAUAUUUUUCUAUUUACCAUACUUACUUGAACUUAGCUGUUAAUAAUCCUCACUAAUUAUGCACCAAAAAUAUAAAUCUAAAACAUCUUCAACUAAGAAAGAAAUCCAAUAAAAAAAAAAAACCAUGUAUGUAGUAUUUUAUGAAACAAAUUAAUAGCAAUAAUCAAAUAAAUCUAAGAAAAACAGAAAAAAAAUGAGAUUAUUUAAACUUACAAUCGGAUCAUUUAUAAUGGAUAUAAACUAGUGAAGAAAAAAAAAAGAGAGGUGGAGAGUAAUCAAAUCACAAACCCACUUGAAGUUAUGUUGUCAUGAAAUUUUUAGAGUUAGAUGUAGUUGUGUCAUCGAAAGCAAACAACUAAAGGAAUAAAAGUAAGUUAAAAAGUUAUGAGGUGUUAAUCAAUUAUUGUGUAAGUUUUAUUUACUGCAAGCGAAAAUUGUACGUUUUGUUGGGGGUCGAACAGAAGGAAACUAGUUUAAUAAUUUUCCGCGCUACUGUAGAUGUUAAAUAGUAAAAGAAAAAAAAUAUGUUAUUGGUUUUUAUCAACUAAACUAGUAAAAAUUAUAAUCUAACUAGAUGUAAACUGUAUAGUGAGAAGGUUUAGGAUAUUGGGAAUCAUCAAAUUCUCAUAUGAACAACAAUUACCAUCCAACAUAUAAAUCAAAAACAUAAAUAAUAGUGAUCUAUAUUAAUUUCAAGCUGACCCUAUAUGAAUCAAAUGAGAUUAAGUAUCUAUUAAUUUUUACCUUAAAAUCUUGUUAUAUGGAUUAAAUUAGGAAGAAUUUAACUAAACUUUGUCUUGUAUCUAAAUUAUGAUGGUCUCAACUCUCAUUAUAUUGGUAAAGUUAACAAAAAAUAUUUAAUUCAAGACUAUUAUGCCCAAUUUUAAUUACUAAUUCACAUUUUAUAAAUACUUUAUAGCAAUUUUAGUCCAUAAAAAUGGGAUCAAUCCCUCUAUUGUAGAAACUAAUCGACAUUCUAAUAGACAUGAAAAGUUCAAAUAAAGCCCAAAGCAUGCUUAUAGAAAUGAGAAAUGAAAAUAAAUAACUAGUGACAAUAAUUUAAUCAAUAACAAUAAUUGGACAUAAAAACACAAUUUUAUUGUAAUCAAAUCUAAUAUUAUAAAGUACUUGAAAUAAAAAUGACUAAGAAUUAAAGUUAGGAAUUGAAGACUAAUAGGAAGUUUAGAGUAUUAAAAUAUAAAUUUUCUAACGCUUUAUGCGAAAGACUAACUUAGAAAAACAAAAAAAUAAUUCUAACCUAGAAAACUUAUAGGUUAAAUUAGAAAAACUAUUUUUCCAAAUCAAAUUAUGAAAAAUCGGCCAAAAUGCCAUUUAUAAAGACCCACGCCGAGUUGACAGUCAUAAACGUGGUCGAAAAACUGACUUGACUUAAAGUGUGUGCCACAACCUCUUUUCCAGAUAAUAAUGUCAAAUUGACAUUUUCUUCUUUUGCCAGAAAGUCGAAUCAAACUUCAACUCGACGUUUUUGAUGCUUCUUCUAGGCGAUUUCUUAAAAAAAAGGUUAUUCUAAGAUUAAGUUUGGUCAAUCAAUUAAUAGCUCAAACACGAAGAAGCAUGGAAGCACAAGUCGAAGCUUAAACAUGGUGUGAAAGAAACAAACUAAAUAAUUAUAAAUAUUUUUUAUAAUUUUAAAUUUAAAAAAGUUCUUCAAUUUUUAAAUCUAAUUAAUAUAAUUAAUAUUUUUUUUUCAAACUAAAUUGUACGAAUCACUUUUAUAGUUGGGAUAAAUUUUUGUAAAAAAUUUUGGUGGAAAUUUAGGAGAGUGAAACAAUACAAUUAGUCCUAUGUUCAAAAAAAACCCAAGUCAACUUCUUUUUUUUAGAAAAAAAA